AUGAGACUAGAUUAUGACUUGUCAGCCACGCUACAUCAUAGCUCUGAAGUCUCAGGUGACCAUCGCUCAUCGCUCACCUUCAAGCAUCACAAAAAGCGGCGACUCACCAGUGAGCUUGAUUAUCUAUCAUCUUCUACAUGCACUGAUUCUAGUUCACCUGUUGUGCAAGCUAUGGGAAAUGAAGUUUGUCCCAUCGGGGGACCAGGGUCAAGAAGCGGGCUCUCUAGCCAUCUAGUCGUAAGCACAAUCCCUGCGAGAAUAUCAACAGUCCGGCCACCGCCUGAGUCGCCGUUCGAAGGGGUUAACAAUGCUGUAGCCGAUGCCAAGUUUGCCGAAGAGAAUGACGAAGUGGAGGAGGCGAGUCCAGAAGCCGUUUGUAUCGAAGAGGCUGCAGCAGGGCUUCGAAGUGUUGAGCAACGGUCCUCGAUUCUUGACGCUAGCUCGGGUAGGCCAGAGACUGGCUACGUAGAACUCAACAAUUUUGGCAAGGUCGCGGGGGAUGUAAGCCACAAUUGA